AUGCUCUACUAUAUCGCUUCGUUAAAGGGAAAGCCUAGAACACCCCCCUCGCUGGAUGAAGUCGUCAUACAUCAGUAUCUCGCGAAGAAGUCUGGGAUGUGCCUGAGCACCUCAUAUAAUAAGUUGAUGAGGAAGUUCGCUAUCGCUCUGGAAAGUGAAACAUCCACGCACAUCGACUCGCUAUGCAAUUCAGGGUAUCUGUACAUGGCUCCUCUGCACAAUGUCCCGAAUGACUUGAUCAAUUUCAUCUCAGCAAGCUCGGGUGUCUUUAAGUAUAUUUACGGUGGCACUUUUGACACCGUUGAUGAGGCUAGGCGGCAGCUUUGGAAGGAUAAUAAAGAAAAACCAACAUGGGCACUCAUUGUAAUAAAUGAUCUUGUUAACGGUUUCGACAUCGAUAUUCAACUCAAUGCCAAAUCUCUGCCGGCGCUGAACCAAGUUGUAACACUCAACUACCGUGGUGGUUAUUCCCCCGAGGGUUCCGAAAUGUACAUGAUGUCAGGGUAUAUUACGAUUCAAAAGUUGUUGUACGACUACUUUAUAUACAAACAGCAUGCUAGAGGACUUAUCCCAAGUGACUUUUCCCCUAGCGAAAUUAUACCCAUUAUGGUUUCCUUUCCAGACAUAAAAAACGAACAGCACUUCUUAGUCGAGUUUGCAGGAACACUGAUGUCCUUAGCCAUCAUCUUAGCAUUCAUCUACCCGUUCACACAAAUGACUAAACGCCUAGUUUUGGAUAAAGAACUGCAGACUCAGCAAACGAUGCUCGUCAUGGGCACGAUGCGGCACUCGAUGUGGAUCAGUUAUUUUAUCCUCUCGUUCUUAGAAUACUUCCUUAUCAGCAUCUUAAUGACCUUUGUGCUUUGUCUUCAUGCCUUAACCCUCACCAACCCACUUAUAAUCUUCAUGACUUUGCUUGUGUAUUCAUGCACGCUAAUCCCACUUGCAGGGUUGAUUUCUACGCUCUUCAGUAAUUGUCGUGUGGCAUCUCUAUUCGCGCCGAUGCUUUAUUUUAUCCUGGCCGUAGUCAAUUUCUUAAUACAUGGUCUCAGCGAAACAGGGCUACUUGCACUUUCAUUCUUGUCACCGACAGGCAUGUCAAACUUACUGCCAUCCAUUCUCAAACGUGAAAGUGGAAGCGGCUUCACCAUGAAUGAUUUUACAAACCCGUUCUUUGACGCGUUCCCAUACAAGGUGAUUCUCAUUAUCGCAAUGGAUUUCCCCAUCUAUCUGUUGUUCAUGCUUUACCUGGAUGCGGUGCUCCCCUAUGAGAGAAGCAUGCCAAAGCACCCUUUGUUUUUCAUCUUACCCGUUGUUAAGCGAUUGAAGAGGAGGUUCGGUUAUUGCACAGACGAAAAGGAAGAGAGCGGUGAUGACGACCACGACGAUGAUCCGCGCGGUACAACUUUGAUGGAUCCGAGUGUGGGCAUCGACGCGAUGACAGGAAGGCCUAAAAAACCGAUUAUUCGUCUGAGAAAGGUACGCAAGUCCUACUCCCGUGGCAAGAGCCGUACGGUGGCGGUUGACUCCCUUUCCUGGGUGCUCUAUCAAGGGGAGGUGUCCGUUCUCUUGGGGCCAAACGGCUCUGGCAAGUCCACCACCGUGGGCAUCAUUACGGGCAUGACAAAGCCCGAUAAGGGAGACUGUAUUGUGAAUGGCCACUCUGUAACAAAGGAGACCAGUGGGGUGCGCGCUAGCAUUGGCCUAUGCCCGCAACUCAACACCCUCUGGCCGGACCUGACCUGCCGUGAGCAUCUGGAGCUUUUCGCGAAGAUCAAGGGUUUGAAAGGCGCAGCGGUGGAAAACGCCAUCUGGGACGUGCUCUGCGCGGUCGACCUUUCCGAUAAAAUCGACUUCCACAUCUCGAUGCUCUCGGGGGGGCAAAAGCGCAAGCUCUGCGUGGCGAUUGCCUUUGUUGGACAAAAUCGAGUGAUUGUGCUGGAUGAGCCUACCGCAGGCAUGGAUGCUACGGCGCGUCGACACAUCUGGUCUCUUCUACGCGCAAUGUCGGCGAAACGAACGAUCUUGCUCAUCACACAUUACAUGGAUGAGACGGAUCUCCUCGGCGACCAUGUUGGAAUUUUAUCGAAUGGAAAACUUACAUGUGCCGGGAGUAAUCUCUUUUUGCGCUCCUACUCGGGCUUUGGCUAUACCCUACGCUUGAAUCUACUCCCCUUCGAUCGCCCACCCAUUCAUAAAAACGAUUCAUUGGUUACUAGUGCAGAACGGGAAGUAAAUUGUCUGAAAGAAACGUGGAGUAGACUGACUAAUAUGAUAAAAAAUAUUAUGUGCGAUGUGUAUUGCACAUCGCAGACAGACCGCGAGAUCACCUUCCGCAUCCCGAAUGGGCAUGAAAACGACAUCCCGAAACUCUUAAGGUACCUGGAGAGGAUUGAAAAAAAGGAAAUCGGCCUUCGGAGCUAUGCCCUGGUAGCUCCAUCGAUGGAAGAUGUCUUUAUGAAUAUGCUUGAAGCCCGCAGUGAUAACGGACAUCCGAGCAACGUGAGGACUCACCUGCAUCAAAAGGAUAAUGAAGUUGUUAAGGGAAAGCCUCAUGCUAAACCCGCUAAAGUGCAGCAAGGGAUGUCAGCAACGCCAUCCGUCACCUCUGAGAAAAACCCUCUCUCUCUGAAUCAAGAUUGGUGCAAGGGGAAUGUACCGAUCCAAGAGGAAAAUGUCCCAAGAGCCAGUAAAAAAGGACAAAGUGGAACCGUCCCCCCAACAACCCUCAGCUCCUCAGGAUCAGAGGUGAGUGUGCAAAUCUCAAAAAAAACGGGGAGCACGUCGCCAGUGCGCUGGCAAGUAUUUGGGACAUUCCCAAAACCUCCUCCUCCCUUACGCUCUUAUAUCUUCAGUUUAAAGCGGUGCUCUAUCGACGUACUUUAUGCUUUAUACGCGAUUACCACAUGGUGA